AUGGCGCGCCUAGCCGUCCUCCUCUGGCUGUGCCUCGGGUUGCCCGCGGUCCGAGGCUCCGGGUUCUUCGAGCUCCAGGUGCUGGGCAUCGACAACCCCGGUCGGGAGCUGCUGGACGGCGGCUGCUGCGGCGGUGUCGCCAGGACCUCCGGUCGGUGCCCCGGACAGUGCAACACCAUCUUCAGACUCUGCUUGAAGGAGUACCAGGCCAGUGUGGACUUGGCCGGACCGUGCACCUUUGGAAACCUCACGUCGCCGCUCAUCGGCGGCAGUUCGUUUUCGGUCAAGACGCAUCCGGACCAGCAGCUUCUGCUCAGGCUGCCUUUCCACUUCAGGUGGACGAGAUCCUUCACGCUCAUCUUGGAGGCUUUAGAUCACAACAACCAGAGCCAGCCACACACAGACCACGUGAUCGAGCGGCUAGCCUACUCCGGCCUGGUGCUGCCGAGCGCCGAGUGGCACACGUUGCGGCAUCCCGGGGUCCGAGCCCAGCUGGCGUACCGGGUCCGGGUCACGUGCGCGGCCAACUACUACGGCCCGAGCUGCUGGAGCCUGUGCAAGCCCAGGGACGACCGCUUCGGACACUACCGCUGCUCGCCCGAGGGCCGCAAGGUGUGCCGUCCCGGAUGGACGGGCUCGACCUGCGAGAGCCCGGUCUGCCGGCGCGGGUGCCACCCGGUGCACGGCUACUGCGACCGUCCGGGGCAGUGCCUGUGCCGGCCCGGCUGGAAAUCCGAGUUGUGCGACCACUGCCAGCCGUACCCGGGCUGCCGGCACGGCUACUGCAAUAACACGCCCUGGCAGUGCAUCUGCGACGUCAACUGGGGAGGCAUCCUGUGCGACCAGGACCUCAACUACUGCGGCACCCACGAGCCGUGCUUCAACGGGGCCACGUGCGAACACACCAUCGGCCAGGACAAGUACCUGUGCCGCUGUCGCCAGGGGUUCUUCGGCCGGAACUGCGAGCUGGGACAGGGACAAGCCCAACGACCCUGCUUGGCGUCCCCCUGCCUGAACGGCGGCACGUGUAGCGAGCGCAAUUCCACCUUCGAGUGCGCCUGCCUGCCUGGAUGGACUGGGAACAGAUGCCAGAAGACGGACGGUUGCGCGGCUCGGCCCUGCGAGCACGGCGGCGACUGCGUACCGCUGCCCGGCGGCCGGUUCCGAUGCAUCUGCCCCGUGGGCUUCGGCGGCGUCCGCUGCCAGGUGGACGACGAUCCCUGCAACCCGAACCCGUGCGGCCACGGCGCCUCGUGCUUCAACCUGGGCCAGAGCGACUACUACUGCCACUGCGCCGACGGCUUCGAGGGCAAGAACUGCACCCGGCCCAGGCCGUGCGCCAGGCCCCCGUGCAGCGGGGCCGACUCCUGCUCGGCGCUGGGGGACGCCCCGCUGGCCCCGGACGCGGCCUCGCUGUGCGGACCCCACGGACGCUGCCUGCCCAGGACGCAGGGUUUCGGAUGCCUCUGCGACCCCGGCUACACGGGACGCUACUGCCACGAGAACAUCAACGACUGUGCGACUCGGCCCUGCGUGAAUGGAGGCACCUGCGUGGACGGCCUGAACAGCUACCGCUGCCUCUGCCCGGACGGAUGGGAGGGACCUCACUGCAGCAACAACCGCAAUGAGUGCCAUCCUAACCCGUGCCACAACGAUGGCAAGUGCACGGACCUGAUUGCUGACUUCCUGUGUGAAUGCCAGGGACAGUGGAAAGGCAAGACCUGCAAUCUGAGGGACUCCCACUGUGACAGCAGUACUUGCCUCAAUGGGGGUACAUGCGAGGACCUGGGGGAUGCCUUUGUGUGCCACUGUCCAGAAAAUUACCAAGGCCACACCUGCCAAAUUGCCAAAGGGAGCAGCUGCGAGUCCAACCCGUGCCAAAAUGGAGCCACAUGCGUCAACAGGGGCCACAGCUUCUCCUGCAUCUGCAGAGAGGGCUUCGAGGGCAGGCUGUGCCAGCAGAAUGUUGAUGACUGCCGGGGCCAACCGUGUCACAAUGGAGGUCGCUGCAUAGAUGGAGUCAACUGGUUUCGAUGCGAGUGUGCCUCGGGGUUCGCGGGUCCAGACUGCCGCAUCAACGUGGACGAGUGUGCAUCCAGCCCCUGUGCCGUGGGCAGCACCUGCCAAGACGCCAUCGGAGACUACUUCUGCAGCUGCCCCCCCGGACGAACUGGCAAACGUUGCAACGUUGUGUUGGUGACACCAUCAACGUACACCCCGUGCGAGUGGAAAGGUACCGUGUACCCAGAAGGCAGCCGAUGGCAACUGGACUGUACCCUGUGCAGCUGCACCUCGGGAUCCGUUACUUGCUCACCUGGCCCAUGCCCGGAGUCUGGCUGUGACCCCGUGGGGUCCACCGGCCAGUGUCCACUGGGGCAGACCUGCCUAGCCAGGGCCCCAGAGGCGUGUUUUGUGAACCCCUGUCCCACCGGGGGGCCGCGAGGGGACUGCAGCGAUGUGGCCAACACGUCACAUGCCACCAAGCCCUCCCAAUGCCUGCCCAACAGAGCAGAUCCCAGCAACAACUGUGCCAAAAUGACCCUGCUCUUUGACCGGAGAACCAUGACACCGGGCACCACUGUGGAGUCCUUGUGCAACGGUGUUCGGCAGCUCUCCCCAAGACCUUCCAUCCUGAUCCUGUGUGCACAGAGGAUGGCGGACCCCGAUAGCAUUGAGGUCACUCUGUCCAUGCCGGGGCACGCAUCAGCAUCUACCUAUGCGGCCGUCAGCGAGAGUGCCAGGCGGCUGGCUGACCUCAUCAGUCGUAAGCUGACCAACAGCACAGCCUUGGCUUCAGUCAUCGAGGUCAAGGUGGAGACCUCCUUUGUUGGCCUGGACCAAAGGACUACAGGGCGCAGUUACCUGCUUGCAGCCACGGUGUCCUUGGUUGGCCUGGCCCUUCUCUGUCUUUUGGGGGCACUGGCUGCCUGGUGCCUGCGAUCUCCUGGGGCCCUAUGCCCACCGAGGCCGCCAACAGCCGUGCCGAGUGUCAGUGCAAAAGUCGACCACGCUGCCCAAGAGCCUGACCGUGCCAACAACCAGAACGAGGAAAACGUGCGGCGCUACUGCAAUCCCAUUUGGGAACCUACGGAACUCUGCGAGCUGGACCCCCGCAACAAGGCACACCUCUUCAAGGCACUGCCCCUGGACACCUCCAAAAACACCAACCACCUUGCGGAGGUCACAAACAAACAGUGCCAGAAAGAUGCACUCCUGGCCACGCGGCCGAGUACAGCGGGGCCCAAGGCUCUGCUCGAGUCGUCCGACGACAAACUCGAUGCUGUGGUGGUGCUUGUCUGACACCUGCUUCUGCCGAUCCCACCCCCAGGAUGCUUCGUCCUGCAGUGCCUCUUGUGCCAGAAGGGCAAGAUAGCUAUUCCCGCUACGGCCCACUACUCAGCAUGCCUUGCUCUACAGUACCUCCAGUGCAGGAAGUCAGGCCCGGAUACAGGCAACGGUCCUUUUAUCAUCCCUCGACUGGUGGCUCACUGCACAACACAUUGGGUCGCAGGUGCCAAUGAGCCAGAAGUGAGUGCCUGCUUCGUCCAACUCGCGCGACCUCUACAGGUUGUGUUCCUGGCUGCUAAUGUCCACGUGACUCUUGUGGAUGUACAUAUGUAAAUAGUAGCUCUGUACGUGGUACAGAUUGUGGUGAUCAUUGCAGUUCUUUGUACAUUGAAAAAUUUUAAUUUAUAAAUAAAUAGAGGAAGCAGAUGGCGGCAGCAGACGUCCGGCAUCUGCUGCUCCUCUGCCCGGUGCAACUCGGGAUGCUGCCCAGUGCAAACAGGGUCCGCUGGGAUCCAACAGUGCCAGACUGGAAGCAACAGUGUCGAAGAGAAGUGCCGCGACGUUUGGCUGUGGAAGCCGCACCUCGGUUGUGACUUGCGAGCAGACGUCGCAGAACGAAAACUCCAGUCUAGUCAAGAGUUUCCAUCCAACUUUACGCCAAAACCGACUCCAGAUUAUGAGUUCACAAACAAGGUUUUGUGUGCAACCCUUGUGUUCAAUGUGUGGCUGCCGCGGCAGAAAUCGAGUGCCGGUGUCUGCGGUGUUUAAGACGAAGAAAUAUGGACUCUUUAGCUGGUCCCGAACACCCGUCUGGCCAAACAUUAAAAA